AUGCGUGUAAUGAAUGAAUUUUCAGUGCCAUCAAAAAAAUCGCUCAACAACACCAAUUCAUCGAAUCCAGUUCCAAAAGUAACGUUUACGUGUGGUCAUAUCGAACCGUCGUCACCCCUCAGCAUCUGCAAUAAAAACUUAACACAAUCCAAUGACGAAGAAGCACUGAAGAGAAUGCACAUUGAAUCGCCAUCCAAUCGUCGUUAUGUUAAACGACGACCGAAUAAUGCCGAGUCAACACCGAAUUAUCGUCAGUUCUCCUCAACCGCGCCAUCUGAACACCAGCAAUGCCCAACUCGAUCAUUAUCAAAUGAUGUUGACGAGAAUGAAGCGAUGCCUAAUGAAGAUGUC